UAGUUUUAGAGGGAAUAGAAAUAGUUUUUGAGCAAAAUGGAUAUAACCGGACUUGGGACAUUGGUUCUUAUUCUGCUAAUCUCCUGCAUAGUGAUCUAUUCAACAUGGAAUUCAAUGUACAGGAAGCGUAAUCUUCCCCCAGGACCAACUCCGCUUCCUCUCAUCGGUAACUUGCUGCAGAUUAAAAGGGGGGAAAUGGUGAAGUCUCUUACAGAGUUUGGAAAACAGUAUGGUCCUGUUUAUACUCUCUACUUGGGUCCAAGACCUGUGAUUGUCUUAAAUGGCUACCAGGCUGUGAAAGAGGCUCUCAUUGAUCAAGGAGAAGAAUUUAGUGGAAGGGGAAAGCUGGUUGUAGCGGACUUAAUCUUUGGAGGCUUUGGUGUUGUCUUUAGCAAUGGAGAUCGCUGGAAACAGCUGAGACGUUUUUCUCUUAUGACUCUUCGGGAUUUUGGAAUGGGGAAAAGGAGUAUUGAGGAAAGAAUUAAGGAGGAGGCACAAUGUUUGCAAGUGGAACUUCACAAAUAUAAACAAACUCCAACGGACCCCCAAAAUAUCCUUGUUCAGGCUGUCUCCAAUGUCAUUUGCUCAGUGGUCUUUGGCAACCGGUUUGAGUAUGAGAAUUCAGAGUUUCUAAAGCUGCUCCGUUUGUUUAAUGAGACAUUCCAGAUGAUGAGUUCCACCUGGGGCCAGCUUCAGCAAAUCAUCCCUUUUAUUAUGAACUACAUUCCAGGACCUCAUCAAAAAAUAGACAAAGUUGUUGCAAGACAACUAGAAUUUGUUUCAGAAAGAGUAAAGAAAAAUCAGGAGACCAUUGAUUUCAAUUCCCCAAGGGACUUCAUUGACUGUUUUCUCAUUAAAAUGCAACAGGAAACCCAAAAUCCAACAUCUGAAUUCAACUUAAAAAAUUUGUUGAUGACUGUCCUAAACUUGUUCGUGGCUGGGACUGAAACUGUCAGUUCAACUCUAAGAAAUGGCAUUCUCCUCCUUCUGAAGUACCCACAUAUACAAGAAAAGUUGCACAAAGAAAUUGAUGUUGUCAUUGGUCAAAAUCGGAGUCCAAAUAUUGACGAUAGGAGCAAAAUGCCCUAUAUGGAUGCUGUCAUCCAUGAGAUCCAGAGGUUCACUGAUAUUCUUCCAAUGAAUCUUCCACAUUCAGUCAUAAAGGACACUGCAUUCCAAGGAUACACCAUUCCAAAGGAUACUGAUGUCUAUCCAAUGUUGUGUUCUGUACUGCGGGAUCCAACACAAUUUACAACACCUGAGAAUUUCAACCCAGAACAUUUUCUAGAUGAUUCUGGCUGCUUUAAGAAGAGUGAUGCUUUUAUGCCAUUUUCCACAGGUAAACGGAUAUGCUUGGGGGAAGGACUGGCUCGGAUGGAGCUCUUUCUCUUUCUCACCACAAUCCUGCAGAAUUUCACGCUCACCUCAGAAACCCAAAUCACAGAAUCUGACAUCACCCCCCGAAUGGCUGGCUUUGCUAAUGUACCUAUAUCUUAUAAGGUGUCUUUUGUGCCACGUUAAAGGGACAAGUAAAUGUAAUGUGAUAUUAAUCUUAUUGUUGUGAUCUUGCAGAAAUAAGUUCUGAAAAAAGCAUUCUUCUAAACUCAUGUUAGAAUCUAAUCUCAAAGUUUUCUUUUUGAAUCAAAACACGCACAGCUUUUAGUACUCCUAAUAACUAUGCUGCCUGGGAACUAAGAAAAAUCAGGGGCAUAACUAGAUAGGAAGCAGACCCUGCUGUUGCAGGGUGCCCAAGAGUGCAGGGGCCCAUUAAGGCCCUAAUUAAUGAGCAAUUUAAAUAUAUCUUGGUAAAAUAGGUCAACUUACCAAUGUUGCGGGGCAAUAAAUUGAAUUUGCUAUGAGGCCCAAUAACAUCUAGUUACGCCACUGAAAAUGAGGCAUUAAGGUCAGGAUUGAUUGUAGUAUUCAAUGUUAUUAUUAAAUACAUUUUUGCCUGCCAAUAACUUAAUUUCCUUAAAUGAAUGCUCUCUUCUUUUUGAUUUUUUUUUUUUUUAAUUAAAGCUUUUAACUUGAUUGUUUCUUAUUUUAUAUAUAUAUAUAUAUAUAUACUUCCACCAGAAUUGGCAGUAAGAGCUAGGACAUGCACACAAGCUUACCUGCAGUCCAUCUCUGCCCUUAAUGCCAUAUAAAUAACAAGGAGAAAGAACAUACAGUACAAAUGUAAAAAGUAAUAAUAUACUGAAAAGGUAUCAACAGAGGUGUGUAUACCCAACGUAGGUGUGAAGGAGAAACUAAAAUAAACUGACCCAGCCAAUGAUGGACAUCA